AUGGACCUCUCGGACUCGGGCCGGGCGCAACUCGCCGCACGCGGGGGAGCCGACGGCGGCGGCAACGGUCAGCUGUCGGGAUGGGGAGGGGAGGAGGAGGCGACCGGUGGAGCAGGGUGGACAGGACAGCACGGCUACCAGCCGCCGCUCGAGUUCGUCGACUCGACCUGCGGCGACUACCCGUCCUCGUCGUCGUUCGUGCCUGCAGGCCGCGCAGCGCGAUCAAGCUGGAUGGGCGCAGCGCCGCCAGCUUCGAUGCGCUGGCCCGCGUCGACCUCGACCGGCCUCGCCGACCCUUUCUCGACGAGCCAGCCGCACCCGUCCGACCUCGGCUUCCCUUCCUCCGCCUACGGUCCUCCAGCCCCAGUUCCUCGGCAGCAGCACUACCAGCUCGCCGACUACACGCCGCAUGACGCCGUCUACCCGCCGCCCUACACGGCGCAGCAAGCCGGCCUUCCCUUCGCCAACCUCCCUUCUCACCCUCCCUCGGCCUCGUACGACCAGUACCUGCACCCGCCACCGCCUCCAGAACCCGUCUACGACCUAUCGUACGCGAGCGAGCUGCGGCGCGCCGCCCCGAAGCGCCGUCGCGAGCAGUCGCACACCGUCGCCGCCGACGCGCCGCCGUUCGCGCUCGCAGCGCCGUCGUUCUACGUCGGCCAGUCGGACGGCACGGGCGCCGUCAGCACACCGACAGCGUACCUGCACGCUGUUACCCCUCACGGCGGCGGCGGCGUCGAGUUCCCGCAGGUCGAGACGUUCGAGCCGGCGCUGCCGCCGAACCUCGAGGCCAACUACGCCGUGUACGCGUCAGACGACGGCGCCGCGCCGCAGCAGAGCAUGUGGUACCUCCCCGACCCGCACCAGUACCAGCCUGUGCCCGCCGCCGGCCACCUGUCGCACGUCCCGUGCGAGCACAGCGCGCUGCCGCCCCAGUUUCGCCCGUACGACCCGAGCCUCGCCUCUGUGCGCCGGCACAGCUAUGUGCCCAACGGUACGACAUCGAUGAGCGUUCCCGAGCGCCCGAGCUCGGUUGCGGCGGCGCCAUCCCGGCCCGCGGCGGCAUCACCUCGAGCUGGGCUCGACCCGUUCUCCCUCGCUCAACUCGGCACGCCCACCUCGAUCGCUCCCCUUCCACCUCGCCCGACAACCUUUACCCUCCCUGCCCCUUCCACAUCCUCCGCGCCGUCAGCGACAGCCGCGUCGCGGUCCGGGACGUCCACCCCGGCCCGACCCGUCCACGUCCCGCCAGCUCCUCCUGCACCAGCGUCGCCGCCGCCCGAGCGCACGCCCUCGCCCCUCCUCGCGCCCGAGGCGGACGAGGACCUCGCGCAAGUCGUCGCGCUCGCGUCGAUUCGGCGCGCCCUGCACGAGACGCUCCCGCCGCCGCUCGCCUGCAAGCCGGCGCGAGGCGCAGGAGCGCACGCCGCCCGCCCAAGUGCGCCGCCCUCGGCGUCGACGUCGCGUCGUACCCGCCCGUCGGCCUUCUCGCGUGCGUCCGACCGCGACGACGAGGCGGUCGAGCGCGACCUGUUGCGCUCGAGCGGCAAGGUCAACCGCAACCAGCAGAAGGAGGUCAGCUCGAUCGAGGUCCUCGCGCGUUGCGCAACGUGCACCGUCGUCGACCCGUCGGGCGCCGUCGAGCCGCGCACCCUCGCGCGCCUCGUCCUGCGCGCGCUCCCGCCGCAGCUCGUCAACGCGAUCGAGCAGGGCUCGCCGCCGACGAGCGUCGUCCGCGUCGUCCGCGAGCCUGCGAGGCUCGACCUCGGUGCGUCGUGCUGGGCGUGCCUCGGCGCUCGGCAAGGCGAGGCGGGCGUCGUGCGGGCGGGCGCGCAGAGCUACGCCGACGAGGGGACGGUCGCGCGGCAGAGCAAGGUGGCGGUGCGGCAGCGGCAGAAGGGCUACGACGCGACGCUGUCGGCCGCGAUCGACAAGCUCGAGCAGCUUGGCCUCGACGGCGCCGAGGCGGGCAGCCCGUCGGCGUCGCCGGGCAGCGCGGCAGGGCUCGGCACGUCGCCGCGGCCGCAGGAGCAGGACGAGGCGGCGGCACGAGCAGAGCACAACUCGCUCCUCCUUUACGAGCCGGCAAAGGCGCCGACCGAGUUCAAGAACAGCUGGCUCCGGUGCGACGUGUGCGACUUUAUCUGCGGCGUCGGGUCCGCCGUUCCUGUCGUUCCGGCGCCGCCGCAGCCGCACGGCUUCACCGUCGAGGUUAUCUGCGCGAGGUGCUCGGCGCUCUUCCGGUGUUGCUCGGACUGUGGUGGAGGAGGAGGGCGGCUUACGCCCGGACGGUGGAGGUGCAAGGAGCUCUUUCCCGACGGCCGCAAGACGUGCCAGCUGUCGCACGCGCGCAACCCGGCGCUUGGCGAGGUCACCAUUGAGGUCCUCGCCGUCGCAGACGUUCCUCCUGCCCAGCUCGAGGUGCUCGAGUCGCGCUGUCGCGCCAUCUACUUCAACUCGCGCCUUGCCGUCGUCGCCCGACCCGAAUUCCUCCUGCGAGGCGACGGCCUCGCUCGGUCGUUCCGCGAGGCAGAAGCCGUCACGGUCGACCACUGGGGCCAGCUGGCUACCAUCUUGCGAGAGCCGCCGCCCGAGGGCAAGAACAUCAAGCGCUACAUCACGGGCAUGUACUCGACGCCUCGCAAGCGGCACCCGAAGCGCGGCAAGGGCAAAGAGCGCGAGCCCGGCCCCGACUCGAGCGUGCGCCCGCCCAACCGGGUCGCUUUCGGCUUCAGCAUCACCGAGGUGGACUUCGACCUUGGCACCGUCUUUUUCUGCUGCGUCAUGCCGUGGCCCGUCAACGGUCAAGCGUUCGACGCGACGACGAUCCUCGGCGAGGCCAUCACGCAGCGCGUCAAGGCCGACCGCGUCGUCCUGAACCAGCAGCGCGCGCUCGCCAACCCUCCUCUCCCUCCCUUUCCGCCCGCCACCUACAACUACAUCGCGUCGCCGUUCCGGGUCGGUAGCCGGGCCAACGCGAGCCUCGCGCGGCGCGGCUUCGAGACGGUCGAGGAGCUCACGGCGCGAGAUCCGCACGUCCGCCCCGAGUGGUUCAAGGUCGGCUGGCUGCCGGACAAGUACGCUGCGGCCUUGACCAUCUUCAUCCGCCGCCUCGAGUCCGAGGAGGACCUCGGCGGCCCACCGACCGAGAACGCGCCGCGCAAGCGCACCCGCAAGUCGCUCGCGUCCACCACGACCUCGUCCGAGUCGCCGUCGACGUCGAGCAGGUCGGCCGAGCCGCCGUCGCGGGCCGAGGGCUCGCCGUUUGCCGCGCCGGGCGGGUACGGCUACCCGCUCGGACCGCCUUACGCCGGCGUCCAGGCGCACUACGCCGCCGGUCCUCCUUCCUCUCUGUCGACGUUUGGUGCACCAUAGACACUUGCAAUGCAGCGCUCGCCGGAACGAGCCGUCUUUUCGCAGCUCGAGGCCUCUUGUC